UUGUUGCCCCGAUCGCCAUAUUGGAUUUGACUUGUAUCUGGAGACAUAGUAUACAAUCUUUGCAGGCUGAAAUCUAAAGGCUUGUCCUUGUAAAUGAAAAUCAGAUACCACAGAAUACCCUUGUAGUAUAUGCUUUAACCAUGAGUGGGGCAGAAAGCAAAAAAUCUAAGCGCAAAAAGGUGAAAAAACCUGCUGUCUCUAAGGCCGCUUCGGCGAUCAGCCCAAGCAAAACUUCAGUGAACUCAGAAACUCCCACUUCGGUACAUUCUGAGCUGAACUCUGAGACCCUGAAGAAGCUAGAAAAGCUGAUGGAUGCAGAUGAUGAGACUGCGCUCAAAAUGUUGUCGUUUCCCCGUGGCACCAAUCCAUUCCUUGAUCGGGAACGAUGCCUUUUGUGUAACUGUGAACGGGUUGACCCGCCAGAGGCUGACGCCAUUAGGGCUGAAACAGCAGAAAGGCAGUCACCAGAAAACAACCCAUUAUCUCAGGGCUCAUGUCUGCAGUUCCCUCCCCUGUGGGUAUGUCCAUCAUGUCGGAAAGCUGCGGAUCAGGAGAUCGACAAGAAACCUACACUUGAACAAUUCCUGGAUCAGGACAGUGAGCUUUUUUUGCCAGACGUCAGCAUUAAGUCUGGAUCCGAGCCAACCACUCCUAAUGGCUCAAUCUGCAGCUGCGAUGCUUGCACCGAGAGGAGUUCGGACGAUUUUCUGCAUUGUCCGCACUCAUUAAUAGAGUCGGAGCAUGACAUGGAGACCUCGGAGCUGCAACAAUGCUGGAUGGACCUUCGUAAGGUUGUGCGAUGUCUGUACAGCACCCGAGACGAUAAUGUCGAUACCUCACACCUCCUGUCAGACGAACACAUUACAGACUAUAUACACAGACUGUGCAGUCGGGACCCACACCAGCUUUUUCUGCGGCUGGAGUCUCAGGUUCGAGAAUUCGUGAUAGAGAUGAAAGUGAAGCUCCUCAAACAGCUCAGUACGGGCUUCAAGACGCCGCCUCAGGCCCGCAUGUUCAUCGGUCUCAUGUUGGCGGAGUAUGCCCACCUGUGUCGGGUCGCCCGGAGAAUGGCGGGGCUGCUUAAGGAAUUGCAAAACCACUUGAAGAGAUUCAAGGUUACGUGGGACCUACACAACAAGCACUUGUUCCAGUCUGUCGUCUUCUCAGAACCUUCCAUCAAGAACUCCCUCAACCUCCUUAUCCAGCAACUAAGAAUUGGUGCAGCAUCCAAGGAGUCUUAUUCCGAAGAUACUUAUCCCAACUUACUUCACCGUUUCCUCAAGUUUGAGGAUGAAAUGUCUGUGAUCAACGUCGUGUGGCGGGACUGCCACCAGCUCAUAGAAACCUAUAACGAGGAGCAGUCUGCAUUGAAGUUGAAGCAGAAGAUGUUACGGGAAGACUGGGAGUUCUUCAAAACGCAGCGGAAACUUCUCGAGCAAUCUGUGAACAAAAAUAGCAAAGCCUCGCUUUCUCACAACCUUGAGGCCCAGUUCACGGAGACAAUGCGACUCAUGUUACAAGGGAACAAACCCACCCAGGACGAGCUCACAUGUCCCAGGUGUAACAGGAAAAGGUGUCCCUGUGAUGAAUGUACAAUCACUCACAUGAUAACGUGUGGCAUAAUCAAUCCUGAUGUCCUCGACAGCACGAACGCCCCGAAUCCUCUCACCUCGCACCAUAACGCCAACUUCCUGCACGACCCCAACCGAUAUCGGAUUGACGUUAGCCCACCGUCCAUGUCGAGUACGACGUCCAGUAGUGGCUCGUCCAGUCCGAUAAUGGUGGAGACGGAGCGGCUCAAUCGACCUUUUCCUGAGACAGAAAACACUAACGAGGAUGAAAUCCAGGAGGAGAUUGAGGAGUCUCAGUCAUACUCUGGCGACGAAGAUGACGAGGAUGGUGAUUAUGGUGAUGACGAGGCGGAAAUUGAUGAUGGCUCUUCUUCCAAACUGGGGCCAGCGGAGAUACCGGAUCUGCCACCACUCAAGGAGAUGGUAAAGUUCCCCCUGAUGCCCCCUCUCAUGAUGGAUGGAGAUGACCCCCUGAGGCGACAGGAUCUCGCGGGCAAGCUAGAUUCCUGCAACUGUGACCACUGCGUCUCACAGGCAAAACUAGAGCAGUUGAAACCUGAGGAAAACCAGUGCCAGUGUCAUGUGUGUCUGCAGCAGCAGGGGAAGGCCGUGUCCACCUCACUCCCCCAGCACCUACCCCCUGCGCUGCCACGCCCCGGGGAGCUCCACCUCUACCCCCACAUCCACGGCUCCACAGGGCUCCAUUCCCUUGGGCGUGCUCACCCAAGGCCGAUCCUCCAGCAGAACCUGUAUAACCUACAUGACACGCCGCUCUCUCCCGCUCAACACAAGGCUUUGAUGAAUCAGACCAAGAUGCCGGAUUUCGACUCGGAUGGCCUGAGUGAUCAAAUGUAUGCGUACGGCGAGUGGGACAAUACUUACGAUCCAAGACUUCUCCUUGGCUCGGGAAAGUUUGAGAGUGAACUGCUGCCUCCGCCACCAUUUUCAAGCCCUUACACCUCGUCUCUUCUCACGGAGCCACUAAGCCUGCCAGGAAUGCUCUCAACUGCCUCAACAACUGCGAUAUCAACCACUACUCCUACCAGUAGUUUUGUCUCCACUGCAGGAAGCCAUACGGUCAUUCAAGCUGCUUCGGUAGCCACAAAACUAUUCGACAACCUUGCGGUGGUCAGUACAAAGGAUUCCCUGGGGGAGCAACUGGCAGGCAAGCACCCCCCUUGCUCCAAUCAGGGUCCUGCCCCGCCCCAUAAACCCCCAUGUUCGCGCCCAGCAACCCUUGGAGGGAACAAUAACACCACCCAGCCAAAGGUUGCUGAGAAAGGUCACGCUCAGCACUGUCGCAAACACAACUCUCAGGGGAAUGUUAAGUCAGGAGUAGGAGGUACCUCUCACAACCAUGUGGUCCAGAAGCCCCCAGGCGAUGGAAGGGUAGGGCCGGGGUCUCAUCCUCGUGCCUGCGCCCACCUGACCGCGGCCGCAGCAGCAGCAAAUAGCAAGGUGGCAAGCCACAUGGGCACGCUUGUUAAUGCAAAUAAUACCUGCACUAAUGGAGGGAUGCACCUCCCGAAUUCCGUAAAUAACGUCUCUGUUGGAACAUCCACAUGCACCGAGCCUGACUGUGAUGGUAACCAUGACAACGAUAGUUACGACGAUAACUGCUCGGAGAAAAGUUCCUCAACGACAAAUUCGACCAAUCAGAAAGAAGGCAAAUAUUGUGAUUGCUGCUACUGUGAAUUCUUCGGCCACGGAAAUCCCCCGAUGGCACCUACCAGUAAGAACUUUGUGGAGAUGAGAGACAAGUUGCGGUUACGGCUCAAGAAAAAGGCGCAGGAUCGACCAGACGAUGAAGCCAUUCCCCCAACACGAUGUACAGGGCCUUCCAGCCAGAUAAAGGCGACCCCUCCUGUUGUGGCCCCCUUUACCCCGCCUGUUUCUGUUUCCCCAGCCCCGCCAUCCGACCCUCUGGAGACUAAGGGGCUGGAUGAGCUGAUCAAGUUCAUCAAUGGGACAGAGGAAGAUGAGGAUAACAAGCCUCUCAGUGCAAAGGCACUGAAAAGGGCUCGACAGAAACAGCGCAAGGCUGAAGAAAAGGCACGACAAGAUGAAGAAGAACGGGUACGGCGACUGAAAGAGGAACGCGACCGCCAACGUAAACUCCGGGAGGCGGAAGAACAACAGAGGCGGAUACGGGAGAUAGAGGAGCAACAGAGACAUAUGCGGGACGCGGAGGAUGCUCGACGAGCUGAGGAGAGGGCUGCACUGGGACGGAAGGGCCGGGGGAAGGCAGGAGUGGGGAGCAAAGGGUCUUCGAAUAGUCCUUCACCUCAGCAGUCCAAUUCCAAUGGUGGACAGAUUGAAGGGAAAGGAGAACAAGGACAGGAUAAGAAUAAGAGCCAGAAGAAGAGAGGAAAGCAAAGAGAGGACCAAGCUCCUUUGCAGGUUAACAUCACAUGUGAGAUUGAAACCAGUCCCAGCUCAGCAGUAACCAGUCGAGCACCUUUAACAAGUUCCCAUAGCAAUAUGAGGGUACCUGCAAGCUUCCUUAGCAACCAUAAUGUUAAUAGUACCUCAGGGGGUGGGGGAAAUGGGCCGAGGGUCUUAGGCGUAACCCAGGAGAAUCGUCCCACCACAACGGGUGGAAAGGCGACUGUAACACAUCCCAGUAUUGACAAUCGGCUUAUUCUCACUGCUAAUCGGAAUAAAAACAAAGAUCCCCCAAAGGUUGGUCCCCCUCCUCCGCCGCACAUGGGCAAUGGGGAUGCACGCAUUGUGAGCAGUCAAGCGCAGGAGCACAUUUCAAAGAUAACACUGCAGCAACAGGAGAUUCUGAAGAAGCAAACUCAGCAGCUAAUACAGCUGAAAUUGCAGGCAGAAGCAAAGAAACAGUUACAGAAGCAGCAACAACAGCAGCAGCAACAGCAGCCGAAACAACCACCUGUGGUAUUACAAAGUGAUAAGAGAUCUGGAGUUAAGACACCGGUACAGAAUGGUACAGUCACUCAGAAUGUGGUAGGAGCAGCUCUUCAGUUGAAUCAGAAAAUUCCGCUGAAGAAUAAUGUGAAGAUUACAGUAAAAACCACAGCAAAUCCAGCAGCCAUCUCAAGACCGGAGACUCCUAAUAACCAGCAAACCAGGCUGGCUAACAGCAGAGUACAGCAAAAUAAUGAAGUGAACAGGCAAAACAACAAUCAAACUCAGCAACAACAACAACAGCAGCAAGCAAGUGCCACCAAGAGAGGAAAGAAACCAGUGGACAACAUCAACCAGCAACAACAACAACAAUCAUCAUCACCACGCAACACUACACCCCAACCAUCUCAACAAUCUACGGCGUCAACACAGAAAUUGACAACUGGGCUUGUUAAACAGCACCUAUUGGGCCAGAAUGGCUUGAUUGGCCCGGCUAUGCCAGUAAAGGGUCAGGUUCGACAGCCGCCCCAGGGUCAGGCUAACGGAGACAUGAGAACUCCAACUCCAGAUGAAAGGUCACGAGGAAAAGGCCAGGAUGACUCACCACCCUCUGACCAGGGAAAGAACUCCGGAGGCAAGACUAAGAAACCCAAGAAAAAGAUCAAGGUCUCUGGCGACAACUUCAUAGAUGAGGUUUUUAUGCCAAAGUCCGAGAGCGACAUUGAGGGUGGAGAAAUGGACGAGGUUGAGAAGGAAUUGGAGGAGUUCAAACGAUUCUGUGUUGAUACAACGCCGGCCAAGCGUGAGAAACUGCAGGUGAACAUCAACAUUAAGGACAUCUUCAGCAAGAAAAAAACAGGGCUCUGCAGCUAGAGUCGGCAACAUAUCUCUCUAUGCACGCCUACCCACCACAUGUCGGUGGAAUAAUCUGUAGUUUUACAACUUGAUGUAGAUGUACACAUAUACGUUAAUUCUGACCUUGUAGAUUUGGACUGCUAUUAAUACUUUAACAUAAGAUUGAAAUUAAACUGAUAAUGUUAUCAUAUAUGAUUUGUUAAUUGGGUCUGUGCUUGUAUUUAAUAUCAAUGUAGUCAUUUAAAUUGAAUGGGAACCAUAGCUUAUUGAUUUGAAGAGAUAUCAACUGAUAUUCGAUAUGUAUCAAUUGAUAUUCAAUAUGCAUCAAUCGAUAUUCAAUAUGCAUCAAUCGGUAUUCAAUAUGCAUCAAUCGGUAUUCAAUAUGCAUCAAUCAAUAUUUAAUAUUGAACCUUUUAAGCUAGAAGUCAAUUUGGUACUGUUUUUGAUAUAAUAUUGCACGUUUUGUGUUGAAUUCAAGCUUGUUAGUUGUCCAUCACGUGAUAAGCACAUCAGAUACUGGGAAGAUAGGUGAAUGGUGAAUACAAGUCCUAAUCAACGUUGAAGAAUUUGAAAUUAAGCUGUUUGAAUAGCUUGUGCAUGACUUUAAUGUGAAAUAAAAUGUCUUAUUUAAUGUCUUGAAACAAAAAUGUCUUUAUUAAUGUCUUAAUAUUAUACAAGUUAUGAACUGGAUUUUUUUGCGGAU